GCACACAACUAUUCCCGUCAGCGAGUCGGGUCGAGUUGUUGUCCAUGGUACGACUGAUAGUGUCAGCUGCUCCCUACUCAAGAGUCCGUCUCAGUCCGACUACUUCAGUGAAUUUUACUUAUGAUUCCAGAGAUUUCCCGUGUCCUAUUAGUAUGCAGACAUGCCGUCGUUGAGCUGAAGAGCUCGGAAAUGUUGAGGAAAUGAGCGAGCCGACUCCUACGGACAUGGCUACCUCGCCUGCUGCAGGAUACUACCAACUCAGCCUGACAGUUGAUCGGGCUCAGUUGAAGAGAGUGUCGUUUUUGAAGCCCAAUCCCUAUGUAGAGGUCACCAUCGAUGACAAAAACUCGCGAAAGACUGAGGUGCUUAAAUCGACACAUCAGCCAAAAUGGAACGAAGAGUUUACUGUUCUGGUAACUCCAUAUUCGGUGCUACGCUUCCGCGUACUGGACCAGAAUGACUUCUGGAAAGACCGACUGCUAGGCGAGAAGGUGACUCAGCUGUAUGAAGUGUUGUCGCACUACCAGGGCGUUUGUGAGAAUCUACAGCUAACCCUGGACCUGCAGCAUCACUCGGGUGGCAACGGCUUCUCCAGCUCUACCGCUGGUGAGCUGUUUGUCGUGCUUAAUGGCCUGCGUGUGGACAUGAGCUGCGUGCCGGCCCCCAACGCCGCUGCCGCCACCACCACCACCACCACCACCACGGAGGCAGUAGUCUCUGAGGGGACGACGGUGGCGGCGGCCAACGCAACAGCCACCACGCAUCCCCCGAGGCAGCGAGCCACCGUGAACCAUUUCCCGAGCCUGCCGCCUAGUGACCAGUCGAGGCCCAAUGGCAGCGCCGCCUCCGAGGCGGCUGCCCCCGCUGCGUCAGAGCCUGAUGCGUCCGCCUCCCAGGGUUCGUCAGCAACUACCCCUGCUGCCGCACCUGCUUCUGCCGCUGCUGCAGCAACAUCAAGCAUUGAAGAACCACUGCCCCCUGGUUGGGAAAUGAGAUACGACAUGUAUGGAAGGAGAUACUAUGUGGAUCACAACACUCGUUCGACGUCAUGGGAGCGUCCACAGCCGCUGCCGUCGGGCUGGGAACUGCGCCGCGAUCCGCGUGGUCGCGUUUACUAUGUGGACCAUAAUACGCGAACCACCACCUGGCAAAGGCCAAGCACUGAGCGGCUGCAACACUUCCAACACUGGCAAGGAGAAAGAGCCCACGUUAUCCAGCAAGGCAAUCAGCGUUUCCUGUACCCAGCGUCUGUGUCAAACGGCACAAGUAGCACAGCAGCGGCAACCUCAGCUGGCAGUUCGAGUUCUGGAAGCUCAGCUGCACCCAAACCGGAUGAUGACGAAGCCACUCUGGGUCCUCUUCCAGCUGGCUGGGAAAAGAGGGUCCAGCCAGAUGGCAGACUGUACUUCGUAAAUCAUAAAAAUAGGACGACUCAGUGGGAGGACCCACGAACGCAGGGCCAGGAAUUGAGCACCAACGAGCCAAUGCUGCCUGAUGGCUGGGAAAUUCGACUCACCGAAGAUGGCAUCCGCUACUUUGUUGAUCACAACACAAGAUCAACCACCUUCCAGGAUCCUAGGCCCGGUGCGCCCAAAGGUCCAAACGGCGUUUACGGCGUGCCGCGAGCGUACGAACGGUCAUUCCGCUGGAAGCUGAGCCAGUUCCGCUACCUGUGCCAAAGCAACGCGAUGCCGUCCCACAUCAAAAUCACAAUGACGCGAGCGACGCUGUUCGAGGACUCGUACCACCAGAUAAUGCGACUGCCAGCCUACGAGCUGCGUCGACGGCUAUACAUAAUUUUCCGUGGCGAAGAGGGCCUCGACUACGGUGGCGUGUCGCGCGAGUGGUUCUUCUUGCUGUCGCACGAGGUGCUCAACCCGAUGUACUGUCUUUUUGAGUACGCCAACAAGAACAACUACAGCCUCCAAAUCAACCCGGCCUCCUACGUCAACCCUGACCACCUGCAGUACUUCAAGUUUAUCGGCAGGUUCAUUGCCAUGGCUCUGUACCACGGCAGAUUCAUUUAUUCUGGGUUCACGAUGCCGUUUUAUAAACGAAUGUUGAACAAGAGGCUUACCAUGAAGGAUAUUGAAAGCAUCGAUCCCGAGUUUUACAACUCGCUUGUCUGGUUGCGGGACAACAGUAUUGAAGAAUGCGGCCUUGAGCUGUUUUUCAGUGUUGAUUUUGAGGUUUUGGGCCAGGUUUUGCAUCACGAGCUCAAAGAGAAUGGAGAUAAAGUAAAGGUUACAGACGAAAACAAAGAGGAGUACAUGAACUUGAUUACAAAUUGGCGCAUGACGCGAGGUGUGGAGGAUCAGACAAAAGCCUUCCUUGAUGGCUUCAACGAAGUGGUCCCGCUUGAGUGGCUCAAAUACUUUGACGAGCGAGAGUUGGAGUUGAUGCUGUGUGGCAUGCAGGAGGUCGACGUCGAUGAUUGGCAGAGACACUCAAUUUACAGGCACUACACCAAAAACAGCAAGCAAGUGCUCUGGUUUUGGCAGUUUGUGCGCACGACAGACAAUGAAAAGAGAGCCAGGCUGCUGCAGUUUGUGACUGGAACAUGCAGAGUUCCUGUUGGGGGUUUCGCUGAGCUCAUGGGGAGCAACGGUCCGCAACGUUUUUGCAUUGAGAAGGUGGGCAAAGAGACUUGGUUGCCAAGGUCACACACUUGCUUCAACCGACUGGACCUUCCUCCCUAUAAAAGCUACGAGCAACUCGUGGAAAAACUCAACUUCGCAAUCGAAGAGACAGAAGGAUUUGGUCAAGAGUGAAAUCCAAGUUCAGUGCUGGAAGCAGUCAAACUGUCGUGUUUAACUUGGGGGCUGUGUCAAACAAAGAGAAAAUAAUUAACUGUAAUCUGGGCUUGAGACAUUAAGAAGAAUCAAUAAUAUCGUUGUUACGUACUGCUAAUUUUAAUUUAAUCAUGUGAAAUUAGUUUGGAAUGUUGAGUCCAAAUUUCCGUGUGCGAGUUCCAGUGGGUAAAUUCGAAAAUCUUCAGUCUAAUUCUAUCAAAACUUUCAUCACGCAACACUCUUGCAUACCCGUUAACUUGUGGACGUUCGAUUAGAUGUCGACGGUAAAUUUACUUCCCUGAAAGGCAUAGUGGCUUUUACUACUAUCCUUGUGAGAAUCAUCUUUUAAAAUUAAUUUCUGCUUGCACCUGUAUCGUAUCUCUAUUAUUGCUAUAUUUUACCUGCAAUAACAUUUAAGUCUGAAGAGGUACUUUGAAUAUAUUUUUGGCAAACAUGUAUAUCCUUGUUGAAUUUAAAAUUUUAAUCCUUUUCCCUUCAGUAGUAAAAUGGUGGAGAACUUUAAUUGAUGCCAGCAGCUUACGCGGGACUACAGAGUGAAUUAUUGUUGUAUUAAAUGUAAUUAUUUUCAGGAUAUAUAUGACGCUUCGUUCAGAUUCUGCCCAACGCCUACAUUUUGCAACAUUCCAAAAUUUUAGCGCUUGAUCAUUUCAAGCACAAUGUUGAAGCCUUGUAAGUUUUUAUGACUAUAUGCUAUUCAUAAUAGUUUUGUUAUAUAUUAUCAUGUAUCGCAUACUGUUCCUUUUUUGUCUCUUUAAUUCUUUCAAACAAAACUGUGCAGGUGAAGAAAAGAAAAAUGUGAACUCUGAAGUUAGGAAUGCGCUCUACUUUGAACGAAAGCCUAUGUCUUUUCCAAAUCAGAUCUCUCUGCAUAGCAAGAACCACAAUAAAAGUCAUGCAAAUCUA